AUGGCAGAGAAGAUAGACGAGGCUGUCUUAAGUCGCCAAUUAUACACAAUUGGUAAAGAGGCGCAAAUGCGUAUGCUCAGCACUCGUGUGUUGAUUGUUGGGUUAAGUGGGAUUGGAUGUGAGAUCGCCAAAAACGUGAUAUUGAUGUCCGUCAAAUCGGUGGGGCUUUUGGACAACACAAAAGGGGGUCUUAAAGAGGUCGGUAACAAUUUUUUCUUUUCUGAGUCUGAUAUCGGAAAAGUAGUAAGCGCCGCGACUGUUUCAAAGUUCCAAGAACUCAAUCCAAGUGUAUCUGUUAAUGCAGAAACGCGUGAGUUGAAUGACGAGUCACUUUAUUCGAACUAUGACAUUUUGGUGUUGACACAAUUAUUGGGGGAAAAGGAGUCAAUCAUCGUCAAUGAGAACUGCAGAAAACACAACAUCAAAAUGGUCUACGCAGUUAAUAGAGGUGUCUUCUCUAUGAUCUUCAACGACUUUGGAGACAACUUUGUCGUGAGUGACACUAAUGGAGAGAACCCAAGAAGUUUCAUUAUCAAUGAGAUCGUCGACAAUUCAAUCAACUUCAUCGAAGACGACUUUUGCAAUAUGGACGUUGGAGACGAAGUUCGAUUUGAUGAGAUUAUUGGAAUGGACGAGUUAGACUAUUCUAAAAAUGGAGGAAAGACCUUCAAGUUGACAAAGAGAACUGGGUACGCUGUCGAAGUUGGUGAUCUGUCGAAAUAUACCAAAUACGUGAAGGGAGGGAAGAUGACUGAAAUCAAACCAUUAGUCACUCUUCACUACAAGCCAUUGAAAGAACGACUUACCGACCCUGGAGAGAUCGCAUUCAGUUGUUUGACCAAAUUAGACAGAAUGAAUUUGAUACAGGGACUUUUCCAUGGUUUGAUGGUCUUUAAAGACAAGUUUGGAAGCUUCCCAAAGUCGCACUGUGAAGAGGACUUCGCCAAGUUCAGCGAAAUUUUGAAAGAACUUAAAAUUGAAGGCGACGAAAAGAUAGAGAAGAUCUUCUGCUUCACAAACAAUGGAAACAUAUCGCCAAUAGACACUGCGUUGGGCGGAAUUGCAGCACAAGAGGUACUAAAGGCUGCAAGUGGGAAGUACACUCCUUAUUGCCAAUACACUGUGUUUGACUGUUUAGAGAUCAUUCCAGACAACUUUUUUGAAAUGAAGAAGGAGGAGUUUGAAAGCAAAGAGUCGAGAUAUUCGUCACAAAUUGAAGUUAUUGGAAACGCUCUGCAAAAGCAAAUUGCAGACAUCAAGAUGUUCUUGGUAGGUGCUGGUGCAAUUGGGUGUGAAGUGAUAAAGACGUGGGCGAUGAUGGGUGUUGCCUCGGGAAAUGGCGAGAUUUAUGUGACGGACAAUGACAACAUCGAGAAAUCCAACUUGUCGAGACAGUUCUUGUUUAGAAAUAAGCAUGUCGGCAUGCCAAAAUCAAAGGUUGCGAAAGAAUCAGUUGAAAUUAUUAACCCCGACAUUAAAGUCAAAGAUUUCCAAUUGAGAGUUGGGCCUGAGACGGAGAACAUCUUCAAUGUUAAGUUCUACAAACAACUUAACUGUGUGACAACUGCAUUGGAUAACGUCCAAGCAAGAAACUAUGUCGACUCACAAUGCUUGUUGUACACCCUCCCAAUGAUAGAAGGAGGAACUAUGGGGACUAAAGGAAACACUCUGACUGUUGUCCCAUUUGUCACACAAUCAUUCUCUACUGGAAGCAUUCAUGAAGCACCAGAGAAGAGUAUCCCAAUGUGUACAUUACAUAACUUCCCAAAUAACAUCGACCAUACCAUCCAAUGGGCUAGAGACAGAUUCGAAGGACUCUUUAAGAGCGAUAUUGAACCUGUCGAAAGUUACAACACAGACAAAAACAAGUUCUAUGAGAACUUGGACAAGGAAACACCAAACAACCAGAUCAACAUUUUGGAAUUGGUGAUUGAUAAUGGAAAUGUGCACGCACCAAAAGACAUGAAAGACUGUGUUGAGUGGGCAUAUGGAAAGUAUCAGAACUACUUUGUUAAUUCAAUUCACAAACUUGUCACAGACUUCCCAGAGAACGCAGUGACCAACGAGGGUGUACCAUUCUGGCACGCACCAAAGAAAUUCCCACACGUCGUCCCAUUCAAUAGAAAUGAAGAGUUUUGUGUUGGAUUUGUUGAGGCGGCAGCUCUUCUUCGAGCGGAGUGUUUUGGCAUCAAACAGAACAUGACAAAAGACGAGAUGUGCGACAUUUGUGAAAAGAGUGGAAUAACUCCACAAAACACGGCAAAUAAAGACGAAGAAAAUUUGAUGGAAGUUGUCAAAGCACUGAAAGAGAAAUUGGAAACAUUGAAAGUCACACCCGUCCACUCACUUGUGUUCGAGAAGGACGACGACACCAAUCACCACAUCGCUUUUGUCACCGCCUGCAGUAACUUGAGAGCAAUGAACUACUGCAUCGAGCCUGCCGACUUCAACAAGACCAAAUUCAUUUCAGGAAAAAUCAUCCCCGCCAUGAUCACAACAACCGCAGUCGUUUCUGGACUCCAGUGCAUUGAGUUGUACAAGAUCUUGCUUAAGAAGCCAUUCUCGUGCUACCACAACUCCUUCUUGAACUUGGCAAUUGGGUACUUGGACUCAACAGAACCAGAAAAGGUUGUAACAAAGAAACUUUGCGAAGGAAUGGAAGUGACGAUUUGGGACAAAUUUGAGUUCAAUGGGAAUUGCACGAUGCAAGAGUUUGUCGACCUCAUAUUCAAGAAGUUCUCUGUGAACGUCGAGAGUGUCACUGUUGGUGUCAAAAUGUUAUACACAUCAUACUUACCUACCGGAAAGGCUAGACUUGGGAAAACAAUCAAAGAGAUAUACAAGGAGUUGUUUGGAGAAGACUUUAAAGCAGAAGCUAUGACACUUGCCCUCACUGUAACAGACAAGAAUGGAGAUGACUUGCCCGAUGAUGUCGAAUUCCCAGACGUUAUAUUGACGUUCUAA